GUGGUUCGGGAAAAGGACACUUGCUGGGAAUACGCAGAGAAGCUAGAAGGGAACAAGGUGAAAUGCAAGUUCUGCCUCAGAAUCCUCAACGGCGGGAUCAGCAGGUUGAAGCACCAUCUCUCUCGGAUUCCGAGCAAAGGCGUGAACCCGUGUAGCAAAGUGAGGGAUGAUGUUACGGACAGGGUAAGAGCUUUACUUGCAUCCAGCGCCAAAAGGAAGAAGCAGCAGCAGCAGAGGCCCGCAGAAGUUGUUAUCCAAUCCAUUGGGGAUGGUACAACUGCUUGUAGAAGCAUGACAUCAAUGGAGAUAGUGCCUCAUGUGACCACGAAAGUCUACCCGACUGCAGUAGUUUCUGUCCCAGCUGCACCUUUGACGAACGAAGAGAGCGCGGAGAGGAGCAUUGCGAUGUUCUUCUUUGAGAACAAGUUGGAUUUUGGGUUUGCCAGGUCGCCGUCGUACUACCAGAUGAUCGAGGCGAUAGGGAAAUGUGGACCGGGGUUCACAGGGCCCUCGGCAGAGGAGUUGAAGGCUACGUGGUUGGGGAGGAUAAAGUCGGAAGUGAGCUUGGAAUCGAAAGACGCAGAGAAGGAAUGGGCUACUACUGGCUGCACAGUAGUUGCUGAUACAUGGACUGACAACAAGUCUCGAGCUUUGAUCAACUUCUUGGUUUCUUCACCCUCGAGAACUUUCUUUCUCAGGUCAGUGGAUGCGUCUUCCUACUUCAAGAACACGAAAUUUCUGGCUGAUUUGUUUGAUUCCGUGAUUCAAGAUCUUGGUCCGGAGAAUGUGGUGCAAGUAAUCUUGGAUAGCAGUUUUAACUAUACCGGUAUAGCUACCCAUCUGCAGCAAAGCUAUGCAACGCUUUUUGUGUCACCCUGUGCUUCUCAGUGCUUGAAUUUGAUCUUGGAGGAGUUCUCUAGGGUAGAUUGGGUACGAGAGUGCACUUUGCAGGCACAAAGCAUAUCAAAGUUCAUAUAUAAUGAUGCUUCGAUGCUUGAACUGAUGAAGAGGUUUAAUGGAGGGCAGGAACUGAUCAGAACUGGAAUCACAAAGUCGGUCUCGACUUUCCUCUCUUUACAAUCAAUGCUGAAGCAAAAACCGAGGCUGAAGCUCAUGUUCAAUAGCUCAGAGUAUGCAGCAGCAGCCAGCUCAUUAUCUUGUGGGAACAAACCGCAGACCAUUGCUUCGAUAGUCGAGGAUGGAGAUUUCUGGGGGGCGAUGGAGGAAAUCGUGGCGAUUUCUGAGCCUUUCCUGAAAGUGAUGAGGGAAGUAUCAGGUGGGAAAGCUGCUGUGGGCGGUAUCUAUGAGAUGAUGACUAGGGCAAAGGAGUUCAUCAGGACUUACUACAUUAUGGAUGAGUGCAAAUGCCAGACUUUCUUGGAUAUAGUGGAUAGGAAGUGGACGGAUCAGCUGCACUCCCCUCUACAUUCAGCAGCUGCAUUCCUGAAUCCCAGUAUCCAGUACAAUCCAGAGAUCAAGUUCCUGUCGUUGAUUAAGGAAGACUUCUUCAAGGUCAUGGAGAAACUGCUUCCUACUCCGGAGGUGAGACGGGAUAUCACCAAUCAGAUCUUCAUUUUCACUAGAGCAAGUGGGAUGUUUGGAUGUAGUUUGGCAAUGGAGGCCAGGGAUACAGUUGCUCCAGGUAUAUGGUGGGAGCAAUUCGGCGAUGCUGCUCCAGUUCUGCAACGAAUCGCCAUCAGGAUACUGAGCCAGGUCUGCAGCAGCUUCACGUUCGAGAAAAACUGGAACAUGUUCCAGCAAAUCCACUCCGAAAAGCGGAACAAGAUCGACAAGGAGUCGUUGAACGACCUGGUCUACGUAAACUACAAUCUCAGGUUGUCCAGGCAGCUGAGAACGAAUGCUGCAGAAGUCGAUCCGAUUCAGUCUGACGACAUCGACAUGACUUCGGAGUGGGUGGAAGAGGGUGACAGCACCAGCCCGGCUCAGUGGUUGGACCGGUUCGGGUCAGCCCUCGACGGCGGCGAUCUGAACUCCCGGCAGUUCAAUGCCACGCUGCUUGGCUCCAGUGACAAUUUCUUUGGUUUGUGAGAGAGCCUUGUGGCAUGUGUAGUGUAACCAUAUACCAUGUAAUGUAUGUAACAGUAGUGCUCUAAAUUUCUUGUAAAGGUCGUUUUUAGUGAUUUAGGCUAGUGUUUUGGCAAACUAGUCUUGUUCGAUCGUGGAAGCUCGAGUAAUAGUAAGAUUAUGC